GACGCGAGCAGACUUGUUCGACUACUUCUACUCCCUCUUUGAUCUCCGAAGCCUUAAACCCCCUUUGUCGAUCCAAACUGAGUCCUUCUUGCUCACUCACAAAUGGGCAGACAGUGGAGAUUAACAUUGACGGCGUUUUUGGUUCUGGGUUUGUCUGCAACGUUCUGUUUCUCCGCAACCAAUCAGCCCCAGACCAAUAAGAAGUCGACCCAAUUGCAUAGCUUUGGUUCUUCUGCCGUUUUUCCUCUUCAGGGAAAUGUUUAUCCUCUUGGGUACUACUCUGUGUCCCUCAGCAUAGGCAACCCAGGCAAGCGUUUUGACCUUGAUAUUGACACUGGAAGUGAUCUCACAUGGGUCCAAUGUGAUGCUCCCUGUACCGGCUGUACGAAGCCCCGCGAGCAUCUUUAUAAACCCAAAAACAACCUUGUCCAAUGUGAAGACCCUCUUUGUUCAGCAUUUCACUUACCGGCAAGUUACCCGUGCAACACCCCAAGUGACCAAUGUGACUAUGAGGUUGAAUACGCUGAUCAAGGUUCAUCUCUGGGUGUGCUGGUCAAGGAUUACUUUCCCCUGAAAUUCACCAAUGGCUCUCAACUUGGGCCUCGUUUGGCCUUUGGGUGUGGAUAUGAUCAAAAACAUUCUGGUCUAAGCAUGCCUUCCACCACUGGAGUUCUUGGCCUUGGUAGUGGCCAAGCCAGCAUUGUUUCACAAUUAAGUCGCCUGGGUUUAACUAGAAACAUAGUUGGUCACUGUCUAAGCGGGCAAGGAGGAGGAUAUCUAUUCUUUGGGAAUGAUCUUGUCCCUUCUUCAGGAGUCAUGUGGAGUCCAAUGUCACACAAUUCAUUGGAAAAUCACUACUCAUCUGGACCAGCAGAACUUGUCUUUAAUGGAAAGCCCACUGGUGUGAAGAGCCUUAACUUGGUUUUUGACAGUGGGAGCUCCUACACUUACUUCAAUUCCAAAGCUUACGAGGCAUUAGUUAAACUGUUGAGAAACGAUUUGAAAGGAAAGCCACUGAAGGACGCACCUGACGACAAAUCCCUGCCAAUUUGCUGGAAAGGCAGCAAACCAUUCAAAUCUGUUCGUGACGUACAGAACUAUUUCAAACCCUUGGCACUGAGCUUUACAAAUGCCAAGAAUGUUCAACUGCAAAUAUCACCUGAAGCUUAUCUCAUAGUUUCACACCAUGGCAAUGUCUGCUUGGGGAUAUUGAAUGGCUCAGAAGUAGGACUGGGAAGUAUGAAUGUCAUAGGAGAUAUUACUUUGCUAGAUAAAGUUUUGAUAUAUGACAAUGAAAACCAGCGAAUUGGAUGGGGUCCUGCAAAUUGCAAUAGGCUUCCCAAUGUAGAUCGUGAAUAUUGUGAAGGUGUUUCCCGGCAUUUUGUAGCCAGUUUGGGCAUACUGGAAGAGCAUUGUCCUGCUUUUGCUUCUGAUGAUCAGUAAUGCCAUGUACAAAGAAGACUCCAUUCCAAAAAGUAAAUGCAGAAAUCUCCCUACGGGAUUAUAUGAAGCAAAUACAUGUUACAACUUUUUGGUCAGAAGUAUUAAAGUAGUGUUUGUCUAUUAGAAGCAGAAAAAGCACUCGUCCUUGGUAUAUGUCUUUUGGGCUUGAUUGCCUCUGUAAUAGAAGUUACAAGCUGGGAAAUGUAAGUGGGUAUAUAUCCCAAUAGAUAAUACAUACAUUCACCAUAUAUAUAAUAUUCUUGGUUACAAUCC